CAACCGUCGUAAUCAUUAGCGUUUCUCAUUUAGCACGAUGUCUAAUGAUACUGUUUUAAGUAAAGAUUGUUAUGUGGGGGAAUCUGAACAUAUCUAUAAUACGAUGUAUCGUAACAAAUCAGCUUUAAAACCGGUUCCUAUAAGCUGGUGGGAAGUUCAUCGCAGACCUAUAUUCAAAAGCUCCAAAUUCGCUCUGGUUGCUGCACUUACCUUAGUACUUGUGAUUGUUGCGUGCAGUUUUUCGAUUGGAUAUUUCAUAAAUAAAUCCGCAUGCGACAAAAGUACAAGACAGCAUUUAACCGGACCGUCUGGUACCCAGUUACCACGAUUUCCAAAUAUUGUUUCCGCAAAAGACAAUGGGAAAGAAACUUCGACAGCCGUUGAACAUCAGAAGAAAACCAUGGCAACUGAAAUGACUACUCGAACAAAUGAAACUACCACCCGGACCAAUGUAUCUAAUAAUACACCUGCACCGCCCAUCAAAGGAUUGUUUCUAGACAAAAGGUCUAUCCUAUCACCGUUUUCAUCUUCAUUCAGAUCACAUCGUAUGAAAAGAUCCGUAAAUCUUGAAGGAAGGGUGUUCCAAAUACACGCAAAGCAAAACAAUCAAUUUUGGCAUUUUGACGGAGGUCAUCAGGUUUUGAAGGUUGUGUCGUCCCUAUGGCAACCAAAUGAUGAUUUUGUUAAGUUUACUUUUGAGAAACAGACGGACGGAUCAUACAAAAUAAAGUCGUUUGCUAUGCCACGAUACAUGUACGAUGGGUAUGGUGUUCAUGGUGCACGUGGGGUAUAUCUAAAUGGUGAUGACCAAACAGAUGACGAUCAUAUGCGAUACUCUGUUACCAUGGAAACAAAUGGGUACUACAGGAUAAAAACAAAGGCAACUAAUCGGUACGUUAGACUGGACCACGACAAGUACGUGUCAUCAAGGUUCAAUAUUGCAGACGACAGGUCAUUGUUUAAACUCGUAGAGGUACAAACAGUGAACCUUGAAGGAAAAGUGUUCCAGAUACACUCAAAGAAAAACAAUCAAUUUUGGCAUUUUGACGGAGGCCAUCAGGUUCUGAAGGUAGUAUCGUCCUUAUGGCAACCGAAUGAUGAUUUUGUUAAGUUUACUUUUGAGAAACAAACGGACGGAUCAUAUAAAAUAAAGUCGUUUGCUAUGCCACGAUACAUGUAUGAUGGGUAUGGUGUUCAUGGUGCACGUGGGGUAUAUCUCAAUGGUGAUGACCAAACAGAUGACGAUCAUAUGCGAUACUCUGUUACCAUGGAAACAAAUGGCUACUACAGAAUUAAAACAAAAGCAACGAAUCGUUACGUUCGACUGGAUUCGGACAAAUACGUAUCAUCAAGGUUCAAUAUGGCAGACGACAGAUCGUUGUUUAAACUCGUAGAGAUGCAAAGAGUGAACCUUGAAGGAAAAGUGUUCCAGAUACAUGCAAAGGAAACCAAUCAAUUUUGGCAUUUUGACGGAGGCCAUCAGGUUCUGAAGGUUGUAUCGUCCUUAUGGCAACCGAAUGAUGAUUUUGUUAAGUUUACUUUUGAGAAACAGACGGACGGAUCAUAUAAAAUAAAGUCGUUUGCUAUGCCACGAUACAUGUAUGAUGGGUAUGGUGUUCAUGGUGCACGUGGAGUAUAUCUUAAUGGUGAUGACCAAACAGAUGACGAUCAUAUGCGAUACUCUGUUACCAUGGAAACAAAUGGCUACUACAGAAUUAAAACAAAAGCAACGAAUCGUUACGUUCGACUGGAUUCGGACAAAUACGUAUCAUCAAGAUACAACAUUGCAGACGACAGAUCGUUGUUUAAACUCGUAGAGAUGCAAAGAGUAAAUCUUGAAGGAAAGGUAUUUAAGAUUCACGCAAAAGAAAACAAUCAAUUUUGGCAUUUUGACGGAGGACAUCAGGUUCUGAAGGUAGUAUCGUCCUUAUGGCAACCGAAUGAUGAUUUUGUUAAGUUUACUUUUGAGAAACAGACGGAUGGAUCAUAUAAAAUAAAGUCCGUUGCCAUGCCACGAUACAUGUACGAUGGGUAUGGUGUUCCUGGUGCACGUGGGAUAUAUCUGAAUGGUGACGAUCAAACUGAUGACGAUCAUAUGCGAUACUAUGUAACCAUGGAAACACAAGGCUUCUACAGAAUUAAAACAAAAGCUACAAAUCGGUACGUUCGUCUGGACUCGGACAAAUACGUAUCAUCAAGAUACGAUAAAGCAGACAACAGGUCGUUGUUUAAGCUCGUAGUGGUGUAAACAGCAACACAUUUAUAUCUUACCAUUCAUAGCUGCUUGAAAUAGACUUUAGUGCAUAGUGUUUAUAAACGUAUUCAACUCUUUUUGUUGUUUGUCAACACAAAGAACCUUUUAUAAAAUGUUGAAAAGACUGUCAUGAUUAUAUACAGAUCACGAUUCUGUUACCAUCAAUACAUGUACUUGUUUGGAAAUUCGUUGGCUUGUUUCAGGAUUUGGAUAUAACAUUUUGAAAUUUAAUUUGUGUGUUUACGACUUUCAUGUUCAAUUUACAUAUGAGAUUGAGUAUUGCGUUCAAGUUUCUUGUGCAAUGUUAGAUUAAUUUUAUACGUUGACGUUAUUUGUAUAUAAAAUGUGACUUUAUACUUGUAUACAAUGCUUAAAAAUGUACCUUUAUUGAUCAUAUUCUCAUAAUACAUUUGUUGUAUGUAUUCUAUUAAGGAGAGAAUGUUAAAAAAUAAAGAUAUUAAUCACUGAAA